UUUUUAAAUACUUCAAGUAUUUGUUUUCUCUUUCAAAUUCUUUCUUUCUCUUUCUCUUCUCUCCUUCCUCGUGUUUUGUUUCGCUAGUGUUGAUCUGACUGACAAACACGUCGAAAUCCACUCCCAUCUCUUGUAUCUCUUGUACUGUACAUUACCUCAUUGAACAUCCUUAUAACCCGACUUAGCUAGUCUAAGUAAAAAAAGGCAGCGCCGUUUACGUUCCACAGUAUUACAAUUUAUUCCACUUACGGUCUCCUGCCGGCGUCAUUUUUUUACUCUGACUUCUAUAUUCCUUUUACACGCUCCCUCACUUCUACCCGUUUACUCGUGUAGAUUUACUUUUCAUUCCUAAGCACCGUCAAUAUGUCUUACGACAAUUCGGCUUCUCGGCUAUCCAGUUCGGAUCCGCGCCGUGGCUUCGCUGGAUUCACCAAAGGCUCUUUUCUACUUCUACAAGACGACAACCCUCCACCGAUUUCACCCCGCGGCCAAGGCGCCCUUGCCCACCUUCUCAAGAGCCGUUCCUAUGGAUCCCUCCACAAUUAUGGCAGCACCUGGCGAGGUGCAGUACCUAAUGCUUUGGAGGACGAGGAGUCCGGGUUGCUACCUACCAUGAUGUCCCGACCACCUUCCGAAUCCGAUGACGAAUCCCACCGCCGACCUCAGGUCGAUGAGCGUCGAUUGAGCCAGAUCCUCAAUGGCUCGCAUAUGCGCUCUAUGAGGCUGAUUGGCAACUCGAACCCCCGGUAUAAAUGGGCGCGCUACUACAAAACAGAAGAACAAUUGUAUGCUAUGAAGAAGCCUUUGCGCGAAUACUACGAGCGCACAAACUACCUCGUCCAGCAAUAUCUCUACAUCGAUCGCUUGCUUGACAGCAGCUUGCCCCACGAUUUGCUCAAUGAAUACAACAAUCUGCCCCACUCCUAUAAAGACGUCGAUAUCCCCACCACCAUUUCCGAAGAGCACUCCAGUGCUGUUAGUAUCAACAAGAGCAAUCCUGGAAGUGGACAUGAUAGUGAGAGCUCAAGUGACCAGAUAACACCUCUUACGAGCUUUUCCAGUCCUCAAAAUGCGGGAUUUAACACGGAGGAAGACGGUGCUAAAACGGACGCGGUGUCUCAAAGCCUCGUUCCCGUGAAGAAAGUCAAGCGUACCCCGAAAGAUAUCUACCGAGCUACUGAAACCACUCCUUUGUUCACCCACGACGAGGAAGAGGACCAAUGGGAUGGUCCGAAACCCGAGGUCCCAUGGCUGGAAGAGGACGACGAGCUGGACAGCGGUGAUCAAAUUGUCACGACGGCUAUCUAUGUCAAUUUCGCGGCCAACUUCAUCUUGCUGAUGGGCAAGAUUGCUGUCGUUAUCUCUGUAUCCUCUAUGUCGGUCUUAGCUAGUUUGGUUGAUGCCGUCUUGGAUUUCCUGUCGACGGUCAUAGUAUGGACGACGACUUGGUUAAUUUCCAGACAAGACCAGUACAAGUAUCCGGUUGGAAGGCGACGAUUAGAACCUCUUGGUGUUCUAGUCUUUUCCGUCAUUAUGAUUACGUCAUUCGUUCAGGUUGGGCUCGAGUCACUCCAACGACUAGCCUCGCCCGAACACGAAUUGGUCGAAGUUGGAAUACCUGCCCUUAGUAUUAUGCUUGGAACGGUCCUUAUCAAAGGACUUUGCUGGCUGUGGUGCCGUCUAGUCAAGAACUCUAGUGUUCAAGCUUUAGCCGAGGAUGCUAUGACAGAUGUCAUUUUCAACACGGGAUCUAUCCUCUUUCCUAUCGUUGGAUUUUAUGCCAAGAUAUGGUGGCUAGAUGCUCUUGGUGGUCUUGUUCUAUCGCUCGUCGUCAUUUUCAAUUGGUCCCGAACUUCCAUGCAGCAUAUCAAGAACCUAUCGGGAUUCUCCGCGACUGCUGAUCAACGAAACAUCUUGUUGUACCUUACGAUGCGCUUUGCUAAGGGAAUUAAGCAAAUCCAAGGGCUGCAAGCUUAUCACGCUGGUGAUAAAUUGAACGUUGAAGUUGAUAUCAUUCUGGAUGCAUCUACGACGUUACGGGAUUCCCACGAUUUGAGUGAGAGUUUGGGAUAUGUAUUGGAGUCUGUUCCUAUUGUGGACAGGGCUUUCGUCCACGCGGACUACGCAAGCUAUAAUCUACCUACUCAUAUGGAACAGCAGAGCAGCUAAGGUGGCAACCCCUUUUUUUAUAUUUCCUCCCUCUUUCUGACUUGGGAAAGGAAAUAGCGAAAUAAUCGGAUUGUAUAAAAGUUUGCAUAGUUUGGCGCGGCAUUCAUCAUUUUUAUCAUUUUACAGGGUUCGAUAGGAAAGAGAUGAGAUUCUGGUGAUUUAAGGUUACGAUACCAUAUCAGGCUGCUCUAGAUAGCAAAUCUUGAUUGUUUUUAACUGUAAUUCGGCUUUUAUUCUUUUCAUCUGAAGUAUAGUACAAUUUGUUUUCUAACGAGUUUUAACCUGUUUGUCCCCGUGACUUACAUAGGAAGGGAAGAAACAGUUCGAAGGCAUAACAUGCUGUGUCCAUCACAAGACCAGUACUGUUAAAGGAAAGGCGCAAUGGUUGGAGCAACUGGAAUUGUACAAACAGUCGAAGUUCAUUUGGUAGGGAGCUCCUUCACUGUCUGAAGUUGGUCACAGCGUCAUGGGAUUCAAGAAUUAGCGGAAGAAAACAACACUUACUAUCUAACCUAGUACUAGCACCUUCCUCCUUAUAGUAUGCAAGGUGCUUGUGAGGUAUGUGAACC